UCCUCAACUUCAAUGAAAAUGCAAACUCAGUUGUCAGCUAAAUAACAAUGCGGUGUCGUUUUUGAAAAUCCCUCAAUGGGGGCUCAACUCCUCCCACUGCCCGUUACCGCCACUGCACCACCUCCACCAUCACCGUUCCAAAACCUUAAAUUCCCCGUCCCUAAACGACGCCGUUUCGCCAACUCUCCUCCCACAGCUGCCCCGCGCUGGGACUCCAACGCAGAAACAGUUCGAACCCAGCGCUUCAGAUUCAAUGAUUUUGUCAGUGACGACGACGACGACGACGAUGAAGAUUAUGAGUUUGAUUUCGGGAGGAAAGAGGAGCAGAGGACCUGGUGGUUCGAUGAUUCUCCAGGUAUUGACGAUGAUGGAGAGUUCGAAUUUUGGGAAGAAUCUGUGGAUGGUUUUGGGGUUGUUUUCAAGGUGUUCAGAGCCUUUGGUUGGAUGCUUCCAGCCAUUGCCAUAUCGAUGCUGCUAGGAACAGGUCCAAAUGCUCUCAUUAUGGCUCUUGCACUUCCGUUAGGACAGACCGCCCUUUCUCUAGCCAUUGAUAAGGUGUGGGGAAGGACAAGCAACAGGCCAAAACCUAGAUCCCAGACAAAGAAGAAACCAUUUUCCCAAGCUGCUAGGAAUACUAGAAUGAAUGAGGAAAAGCGAGGAGAGAACAAGGAGAACUGCAAAGGGAGGGAGACUUACAAGUCAUGGGUAGGAGCACCUGAUGGUUCAGUUAAGGGUAGUAAAACUGCACCAAGUUUUGGCGGAUGGGAUGAGCUAGAUAAAGAAGGGGAGGCAAAUAAAACCCCAAGAAGGGUGCCAGAUGGGCCACCAAGACAGCAGAAAAAAAGUAAACUGAGUAGGAGGAACCGAGAAACACCACUGCUGCUGAGGCUGCUGAUUGCUGUUUUCCCGUUCUUGGGCUCCUGGGCUAAGUUAUUGUGACCAUACAUAUCCUUGCGGACUUGGAGGCUGGCUAUUUCCAGCUGCAAUGGACCGGAAACAAUGAAGGACGCUUCUGGCAAAAGGACCAUCUCUAAUUCUGGAGAUGAAGGCCUCUCUGAUCCUUUUCCUCAAAAGGAUAUAACUCAUGUACGAGUCUUUGCUUUUUACUGAAAAUAUAGUGUCUUAGACUUAAAGAGUACACAAUAUAUGAAUCUUCAUGGAGUCCUCGCCUUCAA